AUGCACCUGCUACCACCGCGCAAACAGCUCCCCCUCAUCCCGCUCAUCCUCACGACCCUCCUCCUCCUGGCACCCCUCACAACGGCCAACGUCGAAAAGACGAUCUUCCUCGCGCCAUCCCCGACCCUAAUCCCAAACCUCAUGCCCCCAAUCGACGACCUAGGCCUCCCGCGGCUCUCGCCCUCCCACGCGUACUCGCACCACCGGACCAAGCUCAAUGCCUCCUUCCCGACCCCGGACUCCCCAGGCACAGACUCAUGGUUCUUCCUCGAGCACCUCGUACCUGGUAAACGGUACGAAGUCCGAAUAUGCUGGCUAGCCACUCAACCAACCACCUUCGACCUAAAAACCUACACCCUCCCCACAGCCCUUGAAACCGCCGACCUCCUAGCCGCGAUAACAACCUACUCGACCGCGCGCCUAGCGCACCAACAACACCAAGCGGACGAAGACAACGACCUGGCACUCCUCUCAGACCUAGACGAACAAGCUCGGCGCGAUACGGCGCCGAUCGCGGACUCGGUGCUGUUUCUGCGGGUGCGCGCCGCGGCGGAUUACUUCUCCACGGACCCGGAGCUCAUGGCGAACGUACCCCCCGUCCUGGUGGAUGUGAUUCUUGAUCCGUACCUUGGGAAUAUCUUCCCGCGAAGUCUGGUGCCUACUGCUGCGUGGGUGGUUGUCGUGGCUGUGGGGGCGGUUUUGGUGGGUAGGUGGGUGGUUGCGGAGUUGGGGAGGGUAGUUGAUACAAUUGCUUCGGAGGAUGAGCAGGGACAGAAGCAACAGGAUGGAGACGAGGGCCGGGAUCCGGUCGCGAAGAAGGUGCAGUAA